GUUCCCGGCCGGAGCAGUCGCGCGGCUGCGCGAUGGCGGCGGGCGGGAAGGUGUUUGCGUUCCGCGACACGCGCUGGGCGCCAGACCCGGUGCUGGAGCCGGGCCCGGCCGUGCGAACGCCGCAGCCGGUGCCGCUGGUGAUCGAUAACGGCUCCUUCCAGACUCGGGCGGGCUGGGCCUGCGCAGACCCCGCAGUGCCAGCCGAGCCGCUGCUGCGGUUCCGCUCGCUGGCGGCUCGCAGCCGCGGGGCCCGCGCCGGGGCCGAGACCCAGGUGGGCAACGACCUGGGCAGCCCCGAGCCGCUCCGCUGGCUGCUCCGCUCGCCCUUCGACCGCAACGUGCCCGUGCAGCUCGAGCUGCAGGAGCUGCUCCUCGACCACGUCUUCCAGCGGCUCGGCGUCGCCUCGCAGGGUUGUGUGGAUCACCCCAUUGUUUUGACUGAAGCAGUGUGCAAUCCUCUGUAUUCGAGACAAAUGAUGUCAGAGCUCCUCUUUGAAUGUUAUCAAGUGCCCAAAGUGUCCUAUGGCGUCGAUAGCUUGUAUAGUUUUUUCCACAACAGAAGGCAGAACUGGCCCUGCAGUGGUUUGGUGAUAUCUUCAGGUUAUCAGUGUACGCACAUUUUGCCAGUCUUGGAAGGCAGAUUGGAUGCGAAAAACUGCAAGCGUAUUAAUCUCGGAGGGUGUCAGGCAGCCGUGUAUCUGCAACGCCUCCUGCAGCUGAAAUACCCAGGACAUUUCGCUGCCAUCACUCUUAGUCGCAUGGAGGAAAUACUGCACGAGCAUAGCUACAUUGCAGAGGACUAUAUAGAAGAGCUACAGAAAUGGCGGUCCCCAGAGUACUAUGAGAACAACGUGCACAAGAUGCAGCUGCCUUUCUCUAACAAACUGCUGGGAAGCACUCUGACAUCAGAGGAAAAGCAGGAGAGACGGCAGCAACAGUUACGUCGACUCCAAGAACUCAAUGCCCGUCGUCGAGAAGAGAAGCUGCAACUUGACCAAGAGAGGCUGGACAGGCUACUGUAUGUACAGGAACUUUUAGAAGAUGGUCAAAUGGAUCAAUUCCACAAAGCUUUGGUGGAACUGAAUAUGGACUCUGCAGAAGAACUUCAGUCUUACAUCAACAAAUUGAGUCUGUCUGUUGAACAAACGAAGCAGAAAAUCCUACAGGCAGAAGUCAGUAUUGAAGUAGAUGUUGUGGACAGCAAGCCAGAGACUCCUGAUUUGGAUCCUUUAGGCAGUGAACAAUCACUGGAGGAUGUGGAAAGUAUUAAUGAGUUUGAACCUUUAUUUGCUGAGGAACAGCCUGAAGUUGAGAAGCCUGUUGCUGCAGUGCAGCCCAUGUUUAAUCUGGCAGAGUACCACCAGCUUUUCCUUGGCACUGAAAGAAUCAGGGCUCCAGAGAUUGUCUUCCAGCCUUCCUUGAUAGGAGAAGACCAGGCCGGUAUAGCAGAAACAAUGCAAUAUGUCCUUGAGAGGUAUUCAAAGGAGCAACAAGCUAUUCUUGUCCAGAACGUUUUUCUCACUGGUGGGAAUACAAUGUACCCUGGACUGAAAGCCAGAAUCCAGAAGGAACUCCUCGAAAUGAGGCCAUUCCAGUCGUCUUUUCAGGUUCACCUUGCUUCCAGUCCUGUUUUAGAUGCCUGGUAUGGAGCUAGGGAAUGGGCAGUGGAAUACAUGAGCCGUGAAGAAGGCUGGAUAACCAGGAAAGACUAUGAAGAAAAAGGGGGAGAGUACCUCAAGGAACACUGUGCUUCCAAUGUCUAUGUUCCCAUUCGCCUUCCAAAGCAGGCCCCACGGACAACAGAGGGGUUAGCACCCAGCAGAGUGCUGACAUCCAGCACAGGCAAUUCUUGUGAGCAGGUGUAGCAUCACAUCUCUAUCACAGACCUUUGGACGGAGGUAACAGUGCAGAGAAAAGAAGAGUUACUGAAUUGCCGUGUGAGCUGUGCAUGAGGUGCAGGCCUCAGCGUAGCCUUGCUGGCUGCUCAGAGAGCGCCAAGUGUAUCGUCCAGUCACUGGAACGAGGAGGAUAAGCCACUCCGGGACACCAGCUGGAACGGUCAUAGCACUUGCAACUCUUAGUGCUGCUCAUGCAUAGCACAGUAGUGUGCAGCAGCAAGGAGGAACACAAGUGCAUUCCAGAGAAAAGUAUCUUCUUAUAAACUUUCACAGUAAGCCUCAGGUCUUUUUCAGAGUAUACGUUUUACAGCUUUUGUAUCUUUAAUUAAAAUGUAGUGGGUUUAUACUGCUUUUGUGGUGUGCUCCAGAAGCUGGGCUUGUACCAAGCAAGUCAGCCCAGCAGGCGUCUCCCUCGCUCGUCGGUGUUCCGCUGGUCAGGAUGCAUCCUGCUGCUGGAGGCCGAGGGGCUGAUCUGUGUCUUUGCUCCUGAAGCCUCCUGCACUCGUGUCUUAUUCAAUUUCCUUCCUGCUACACACUUUCUGUUAGACUACCCCUGAAUAGGUGGUGGGAUUUCAGAUACUUUUUUACUUCAUUUGUGUCAGUAAUAUUGAUGUCUUUGUCGAAACCAAAGACCUAAUCACAUAAAGCAUUGUCCAGCUAUAAAGACGUAACCCUCCAUAAAGUACAGACUAGGAGAGCUGCCAAAUCUUGAGCAGUCCUGAAGUGGUUUAAGAGAGUGGUGACUGAGCAAGGCAGCUCUUAACUGAUGGGAUUUUUUUAAAUCAAUUUUUUUUGUCAUUAAAGCAAACCUUUUGCUUUACCAGUAACUUACAUGUUUCAGUGUUUUUGACCUGUUUAGUACAGCACUAAGGGUGUGUUUGUUUGGUUGCACCUUGCUGUGCAAUGCAGGUUUGCAGGAGGUCCCCUGUCCCGCUGAACAACAUGCUUUGGCUUAAAUUUGACUGGAGACUCAGUUAUUGCACUGAACAACUUGCUAUUGUAUUCCAAAAGGAAUAAUCAAUACUAAAUGCUGAGCUGAAACCUGAGUGGACUCUGUCACUUCGGCAAAAGCUGUAAACUAUUAGGCUGGAAAAGGUAAGAUUAUGGGGAAAAUACUCAGACCAUAACUGGUAUAAAGGAGGUGAAGAGGUGGUGGCUUACUGUCCCCAAGGCCCACAUAACACCCAAGAUAGGUUGUCAGCUGGCAGAUUCAAAACAAAGGAUCUGAGGUGCUUGGAAGGUUUGUUGCU